CACAAACCACCUACUGACAGCGACCACCAAGUCUCCCCACGCAACAGGCCAUGACUUCUACUCUGGCCCACGCACGCAGCAGUAGGAAUCGAAGCAGCAGUGGCGACCCCAGAGAACAGAGCGCUAUCCGUACUGCCAACUCUAACUCCAAUGCACACCGCCACAUCAAAGUGAGCUCUCGUCUCGCGCCGCAGAUCUACCUGGGCCACAUCUACAGUCGCCCCGCCGAGAAUUCUACGGACGCUCAUAGGGAGGGCGUGGGUGGUCAAGUGCGCGGGUUCAGCUGCAGCGCGAGAGGUUUUUCGGGUGCCUGCCGCGGUCCCCGGAGAGAGAAGUGGCAGACCGCCAGACAUCUGCGUGGCGUCGCGCAAGGCCACCCCAACGUCGUGCAGAUCUUUGACACCUUCGUACAGCGCUCACACGUCUUCGUGGUCAUGGAGCACUGCGCACGCGGCGACCUACUGGCCGAUCUCGUGGCCACGCAGCCCGAAAGCCGUCUGAGCGAGCCCCAUGCACUGCGAAUCGUACAGCACUUAGCACGUGGGCUCCACUUCUUGCACGAUACUUGCAACAUCGCGCAUCGCGACGUCUCGCUCGAGAAUGUAUUCGUCACACGUGACGGCGUCCACAAGAUCGGUGACUUUGGUCUCAGCACUCGCGCUGAUCGACGUGCCAGUGGCUGCGUGGGCAAAUCACAGUACGUGGCACCCGAGGUCGUGGCUGAAGCGAGCUACGACCCUGUGACGGCCGACGUCUGGUCACUCGGUAUCGUGCUGUUCAUGCUGCUGACGGGCGCGCCUCUACUGGAGCUCGCAUCACCAGCAGACCCCGAGUUUAACGCGAUUAAGGCAUUGGGUUGUAGGGGCGUUCUCCGGUCUUGGGAAAUGGACACACAACUCUCCACGGCGACGCUGGACCUGUUGUCCAAAAUGCUGGAGUUUGAUCCGAUCAAGCGGCUGCAGGCUAUGAACAGAGUGCUCAAUCACCCGGCACUAGCCGCUGCGCUCGAUGCAGAGGGGUAGUGAUGAAUGCCGUGUGCAAUUUUGCGUCAAUAAUUUCCCGGUUUAUCUAUCCAA